UGCGUGUGCGUGCGUGUGUGUGAUGAGCGAUCGCCGCGUCCCUCCGCCCGCUGCCGGCUGACACCCCCCGGAGCAGCAGGAGCAGGCGAGCAGCCGCGGCCGGCGCGCAGUGACCUUGGCCCAGGAGUGCAGCAUCCAAAAGCGGAUCAAAUUUGUGGGACAUGGCACAAGGAAACAAUUAUGGGCAAAGCAGCAAUGGGGUGGCUGAUGAAUCCCCAAACAUGCUGGUGUACAGAAAGAUGGAAGAUGUCAUAGCCCGCAUGCAAGAUGAGAAAAAUGGGAUUCCUAUUCGUACAGUGAAAAGUUUUCUUUCCAAGAUUCCCAGUGUCUUUUCUGGCUCAGAUAUUGUUCAAUGGUUAACGAAGAACUUAUCAAUAGAAGAUCCAGCUGUUUACCUCUGCAAGCGGACAAUGCAAAACAAAGCAAGGCUAGAACUAGCAGACUAUGAAGCUGAGAGUUUGGCCAGGCUACAGCGAGCUUUUGCUCGGAAGUGGGAGUUUAUUUUUAUGCAAGCUGAAGCACAAGCGAAGGUUGACAAGAAAAGAGACAAGAUAGAGAGGAAGAUUCUUGACAGUCAGGAGCGAGCAUUUUGGGAUGUGCACCGUCCGGUGCCUGGCUGUGUAAACACUACUGAAGUGGAUAUCAAAAAAUCUUCAAGAAUGAGAAAUCCACAUAAAACAAGAAAGUCUGUCUACGGCUUACAAAAUGACAUUCGAAGUCACAGCCCUACGCACACGCCUGCGCCAGAGACUAAGCCACCCACAGAAGAUGAACUACACCAAGAGAUUAAGCACUGGCAAAUGCAACUAGACAGACAUAGAUUAAAAAUGUCAAAAGUUGCAGAGAGUCUAUUAGCUUAUACAGAGCAGUAUUUGGAAUAUGAUCCUUUUCUUGUGCCCCCUGAUCCCUCAAACCCUUGGAUAUCAGAUGACACCACUUUCUGGGAACUGGAGGCAAGCAAAGAGCCAGGACAGCAGAGGGUGAAACGGUGGGGAUUUGGCAUGGAUGAAGCUUUGAAAGACCCUGUGGGAAGAGAGCAGUUUCUGAAGUUCUUGGAGUCAGAAUUCAGUUCAGAAAAUUUAAGGUUCUGGUUAGCAGUAGAAGACCUGAAGAAGAGGCCUAUCCGUGAAGUUCCUGCUCGCGUCCAAGAAAUCUGGCAAGAAUUUCUUGCUCCAGGUGCACCCAGUGCUAUCAACCUAGAUUCAAAAAGUUAUGACAAAACCACUCAUAAUGUGAAGGAACCUGGAAGAUACACAUUUGAAGAUGCUCAGGAGCACAUUUACAAACUGAUGAAAAGUGAUUCUUAUCCUCGUUUUAUACGAUCCAGUGCCUACCAGGAGCUGCUACAGGCCAAGAAAAAGUUGGAAAACACUCUGGAUCGUCGAACAUCUUUUGAGAAAUUCACACGCAAUGUGGGCAGAAACAUCCCUAUUUUUCCAUGCCAUAAAAACUGUACACCAACACUGAGGGCGAGCACUAACCUGUUAUGAAAAGAGGGGAAAUCGCUCACAUCAAAGAGGUUAACCAGUCUAGUGCAGUCCUACUAAAAGGAUCACCUUGUAGCAUGGAAGCAGACUCAAAUCAUUAUACAUACUUUGUAGCUCACUGAUUGCCUGACUCAGAGGACAGUAGAACAAGAUGUUGCAUGAGCAAGGACCUGACUUGUUUUCUUUUGUGUAUACUAAGGCAUUACAGACUCCGAGGGACUCUCUAGCCUUUCGAUGCCUCCAUUUCGAAAACUGUCUGCUCACUUCCUCCUUCAUAUCAAGCUGGAUCUGUGUCUUUUUAUUUUCCGCAAGCUCAAGUACAGUGAAAAAAAAGCUUCUGCUAGGCACAGUUUAUUAAAAAAAAUACGUCAGUCAAAAACUGGAAGAAAUGUAAAAAAUGCAUAUAUUAAUAAAUAUACAUAUGGCAUCACAUUUAUUGCACAAUAAAUUAGCACAGAAGGUUUCAUUUCACUGAUGUAUUCACAUUGAGAAAGAAAGCCUGUGUCUUUGUCUGUUGUCUGUAUAUUCUCUGUUAAUGUUUCUUGCAUUUAUUUUUAUACCAUAUUUA